AUGAAAAAUAAGCUGGGUGGGGUCCUUGAGAACCGUAGGUACUCCGUACUCCGUACUUCAUCAGGUCUUGCCCAUCUCACCCAAGAAAACACGACCGAGGGGACAGAUAUCAACCAUAAGGCUCACGUCGUGAUUCCGUCCGUCUCUCCGUUGAAAAGAGGAAUGCGUGUGCAGUGUGCUCCAAAGAUGCAAGUCCAAGGCGACACAGGGCAGAACAGGGCAGAAAGCGGGUUCCGUUGA